AUGGAUCAGAAUAAAGGAUCAGAGAUUAUGUGUGCGAUUGAAGAACUCUCGGCGAUGGUCGAAGUUAAAAGUGCAACAUUGGUCCCAGUUGCUGAACAUGGUGAUGUUGAUGAUCAUGCACAUGCUCGUGAUGCUGCCUUUAUCAAUCACGAGGCUGCCCAUAUUCCCACAAGGCCUUUCCUUUCUCUCUGCAGCUUGCUUCUUCAAGUUCUCGAUAAAAUUGGACCAACAAUGGCUGUUCUCAGGCAAGAUAUUCAUCAGAACAUUCGGAGACUGGAAGUGAAACAUGAAUCUGAUCCUUCAACAUAUUCAAAUAUGGUUGAGAUGUUGAAAAUGGAGAAGACCGAAGGCAUUGCAAGAAAUGUUACUAGUUCUAGUAGAGCCUUUGUUUGGCUCACCAGAUCCCUUGAUUUUACCGUGGCAUUGUUUCAAAAUUUAUUAAGAGAUCCUGGGAAGAAUAUGAAGCAGGCAGUGGAAGAGUCUUAUAACCUCACUUUGAAGCCAUGGCAUAGAUGGAUUUCAUCAGCUGCUUCUAAAGUAGCUCUCAUGCUAGUGCCUGACAAUGAAACCUUCUUUAGUAGCCUCAUGGCAAAAGAUGAAAACUAUGACAACUUGAAAGUGGAAAUUGAGACCUUUCUUUCCUUACUUGUGCCUUAUCUGGAGCAGAUCCACUCCAUUCUGGUGCAGUAUUAUUCUUCAAGCACUUAG